CCCUGGUGAGUGCCAGUGUGUCCAACAGCUUCAAAGACUGCGGCCAAUUUUUCUACAUGCAGGCACCACCAGCAGGGGUGAAGGGGACCAGCCUGAGGAAGAUCUGCCAGAAGUAUGCAGACAAACUGCGCUACGCCACGUUGUAUGACAGCAGUCGCCGCCUCCCCCUCUACUCAGCCUACAUCUUUAAGAAGUCUGAUGGGAAGAGGAGGAUGGACACACCAUGGAUGUAUGAGCCACAGCUGGUUUCUGAUGAUGAGAGUGGCAACAUGAGAGCACUCCCCCUUACUGAAGACACUCCCCCUCUGAUUGAGGUCAGCCAGGCUGUGUUGGAGGACUACACUGAUGCUGUAGAAUAUAGACGUGGUCCACUGAAUCCUGACCUGCACCAAUCAGAGCCAGAUGACAAAUCAUCCACAUAUACUCUGACCAAUGUAGUCCCAUUAAUCCCACACUUCCUGGACACUUCUUGGAACCCAUACUUGGACAUCAUCCGCCGUCGCCUCAACAACUUCUGCCACGGCAAAUCUUUCAUGGUGACAGGGGUGACCGUUUCUGGGGCAACCAUCCAGCGAGAAAACAGGGACCGCCUGGCAAUCCCAAAACACUUGUGGCUGGCUUACUGCUGCCCACGGUUUGACCGUAACUCUCCCUAUGAGGUCAGGUUCAUGUUCCCUAGUUAUGGGGGCUAUGCACUGAAUGAAAAGACUGAACACAGUGUGGUGGAAGUCCCUCUGAAGACUCUGGAGAGGUUCCUGAAGAGCCAGACAGACAUAGACAGUGACCUGACUAUUUUCUACAAGGGCUGUGUGUCAGAAAACACCUUCAAGAAGAAGAGAGACCUGACCAGUGUUUCAAGACACAUUCAAUCAUUUGUAGCAGCUCACAGAGCAAUACUUGACUUCAAUUUAACAGCUGUAACCUCUCACCAGAGUGCUCUCCCGACUAUGGCAUUUUGGGCGCAGAUGGCUUUCUUGCUUGUCAACAUAAUAACAUCGGCGGUAAGAGGGAGAGUGGAAAAAGAGUUGUCUCCAGAGUGCAGAGAAUUCCUCUACAUGGGAACACCACCGACUGGGCUGGCGCACCACUCCCUCCAGUUCAUUUGUCAACGUUACAACAAGAAGCCACGCUACCUGACGCUGUACAACACUGUGGACCACAUACCUGUCUAUUCUGCCUACACUUUCAAACGCUCAGAUGGGGAGAAAUGUGUGGAUGUCCCAUGGAUGUAUGAACCUCAGCUAUCCACAUCCUCUGAUACAGAUGAGAUGCAGCCUUUCCCUCAUGGUUACAUGCACAUGAAUUUUGAAGAUGCCCAAGCUGUCCUGGAUGAUUAUACAAACGCCAUCCUUUACGAGCGUGGUACCCUCAACCCAGAUGAGCAUCAGGACGAACCUGAUGACAAGGCCUCCACCUACACCCUCACCAAUGUCGUGCCCAUGGGGCCCAAUUUCAACAACAGAGUCUGGAACAAACAGGAGCACAUCAUCCGCAAACGGCUUAACAACUACUGUCGUGGAACAGCUUACAUUGUCACAGGUAUCACCACCUCGGGGAAGAUGAUCCGCCGGCAAAACAUCAACCGCAUUGCAGUGCCCACGUACUUGUGGUCAGCUUAUUGCUGUGUUGACUACGACCACAAUGCACCUUAUAAUGAGCGCUAUAAGUUCCCAUCUUUUGCGCACUAUGGCCUCAAUGAGGAGGAGAACAACGAAGUGGUGGAAAUCUCUGUCCAGAAGCUGAAGGAGUUCCUCAAAAAGACAACCUUUGUAGACCAGAACUUUCAGAUCUUUGUGGGUGACUGUGUCCCACCAGCAUCCAGUAAAACUGAAUAGGGAAAUAUUUAGCUAUAAGGCAGCUAUGUGCUAUUUUGCCUUAAAAAUCUGUUCAUCAGCCAUGAUACAUUUUUUAUUUACACCUGUGCUUUUCCUGCUGUGAAAUCAAAAUGUCUUCUGUGACAAAGGCCCAUAGCCUAUUGGAGGAGCUAACAUGUAAUUUACAAUACACACUUACAAAAAUGUACCUGCUUUGUCAAAUUUGCAGUAAUAAACCUUU